AUGAAACCCAACCCCAUGCCUGGGCCGUGGAUAAAGAGCUGCCCAGGUGAUGAGCUCCUCUCGGCGGUCGCAUUCCUUGCCCGGAGCAGCUCCCUCCUACGGCUGGACUCGUUUGUCAGCACUCGGCCAAAUCAAAUCCUGGGUGAAGAUCCAUAUGAAAUGCCCAAAGACUACCAGGAGGUCUACAGAGGGUCAAAGAAUGAUGUCAAAGAGAUUCCAAAGAUUGCAAAGCCCUUCAUUUCUGAGAUGAUCUUUGUGCAAACCAGCAUCACCACUAUAAGGAAAGGUGCCUUCAGGUACAUGCCCAACCUGAUCAAGAUUUCAUUUAUUGGCAACAAGAUCAAGGCAGUUGAAUCUGGAGCCUUUGAUAACUUGCACAAGCUGAGGGACUUGGACAUCUCUGGUGCCUCAAUAGAGGAACUAUCUGUGGGCACUUUCCAGAACCUCCCAAGCUUGCAGAGGCUGGAGCUGAGAGACAGCCACCUCAGAUACAUCCCCGAAGGCCUGUUUGAUGGGCUGGAAAAUUUGGGGGAGCUCUCCCUGCACAGCAAUGCCAUCUCUUCCCUUCCAGAAGGUAUUUUUGAGUCUCUUGUCAAUCUAACAUUUUUGGACCUGGCUAGAAACAAGAUCAAGACUCUUCCUGAGGAUGCCUUUAGCAGACUUCCCCAGCUGCAAGUCCUCCGGCUGUAUGAGAAUGAGCUGCAGGACCUGCCGGCAGGGCUGCUGGACGCUCAGCCAGGACUGCUGGAACUUAACCUCCAGAGGAACAGGCUCGAGGCACUGCCACCCAUGCUUCUGAGGAGCUUGCCUCACCUGGAGAAACUCCUCUUGGACAACAACCUCAUCAGGGUUCUUCCUCCUGAGGGCUUUUUUGGUUUGAACAAAUUGAAGCUGUUGACUCUGGAUUCAAACAACAUCACAGAGCUCCCCUGCUGCCUCUUUGAUGCCAUGCCACACCUGCGGGAGCUGGACCUGGGCAGGAACAGUUUGGCCACACUUCCAGAUGGCAUCUUUGUUAAUCUCACAUCUCUUGGGAAACUCAUCUUGUCCCACAAUCAGCUAGCAGCCUUGCCAAGAGGAUCCUUCACUGGGCUCAGCAAGCUCUUGGACCUCCAGCUGGAUACAAAUCAGCUUUCUGCUCUGGAUUAUGAAGUCUUUGCUUCUCUCCCAAACCUGAAAACCCUCAACCUUCGGAAGAAUCAGCUGGAGAGUGUCCCCCGAGGGCUCCUGGACCCCCUGAAGAAGCUCAGCUCAGUGUAUCUGAGUGGCAACCCAUGGAGAUGUGACUGUAACCUCUGCUACCUGCACAGAUGGAUCAUGGACAACAGUGAGAAGGUCAAAUUGUCCACCCAGGUGUCAUGCAAGAGUCCACCCCACCUGGCAGGGCAAGCAGUGACAUCACUGAGAGAUGACCACUUAAUUUGCACAGCUACUCUGCCUCUUUCAGCUUCUUUCACCCCAUCUCUGCCGUUCAAAUUCACAUCCACAUCAUCACAAGGGAUGCCAACCUUGCUGUCACCUGGAGCCUUGCCCCCUGCAUCGCCAACCACACUGUCAUUGGUAGCCUUUCCCACCACAGUACUGACAACCAUGCUGUCACCUGUGGCCACUUCUGCCAUGUUGCCAACCAUGACAACAGAGGCCUUCUUCACUUCUCCAUCACCAACUGUGCUACCUAAGGAGUUCAUUGCCACCCCUUCCUCAGCCAUGCUGCCAAAGGUCUUCACCACCACCACCACAUCACCAGCUGUGCUGCCCAAGACCUCCAUCACCACACCCCCACCAACUGUGCUCCCUGAAGUGUCCAUCAACACCCCAUCACCAACUGUGCUGCCUGAGGCCUCUAUAACCACCCCAUCACCAACUGUGCUGCCUGAGGUGUCCAUCAAUACACCAUCAUCAACUGUGCUGCCUGAGGCCUCUAUAACCACCCCAUCACCAACUGUGCUGCCUGAGGUGUCCAUCAACACCCCAUCACCAACUGUGCUGCCUGAGACCUCUAUAACCACCCCAUCACCAACUGUGCUGCCUGAGGUGUCCAUCAACACCCCAUCACCAAGUGUGCUGCCUGAAACCUCUAUAACCACCCCAUCACCAACUGUGCUGCCUGAGACCUCUAUAACCACCCCAUCACCAACUGUGCUCCCUGAGGCUUCCAUCACCACCCUAUUACCAGCUGCGCUGCCAGAGAGCUCCUUCAACACACCGUCAUCAACUGUUCUACCAAUGUUCUCCAUUGUCACCUCAUCAUCAACUGUACUGCCCAAGGCUGCUCUCACCACUGCCCUGCCAGCUGUGCCACAGAAGUCAUUUACCCUGUGUUCAACUUCAGCCAUCAUAUGCCCAGAACCUCCUGGGGCCAUCAGCCUGAAGCCUGCACUGUCCACUUCAGCUUCUGCCACCACACCAGUGCCAACCAGCCUACUGGACGCCUCCACCAGACAAGGGACUCCUGCUCUUCUAGUGCCCACAGAGAGGCCAGGCAGCAUCCCACGGCAGUCGUCUUCAGGGACAAAUCUCAAGACACACAGUCAGUUUUCUGUGGGACCUGGAGUGGAGGUCUUGGAACACCUUCUAGCACUGGUACAGAGUAUUUUGGCUGGUGUAUUUCUGCAGGCAAGAGUGAUGGAUGGGUCCUGGGUGCUGCCUGAAUUGUCUGCUGAUUGCUUUCCAAGCAAUUAUUUCCAUAAGCUCUCUGCAGCGGACAGAGACAAACGCUCAGUCCGGCAGCAGCACGGGGCCCUCGGCACGCUCGGCGCUGCGCGCUGGUGGGAGAGGUGCAGGAGGCACUCGGAAGCCUACCGGCUCCCUUCCAGCUCCGGGAUCAGGUAUCAAUCGGGAAACACCGCUCGCUUUGAUCCCUGCGGGCUGAGGAGGCUCUUUGCCAGGACCCACGUGGUGAAAACAGGCUCACUGGUCCGGCUGCCCUCGCCGGCUGCCCACGGCUGCCGGGGCAGCUCGCUUCAGACAUGGGAGCUGCAAGCAGUAGAGGACAGGGAGACGAGUUCCUGUGAUGAAAGUUGGGAGCGACGGGCCAGAGAGGCCAACCCCGUGGGCUCACCAUUGCAACUCAAGGGCUAUUCAGCAGCGGCAUCGCUGCGCUCCCAGCACGGGCUGGCCCUGCUGCUGGCCUUUUGUUAG